AUGCCAAUGGGCUCAGCUGGUUACGUUGAUCUGUCAAGGCAUGUUGUUUCUGUAGAACUGGGACAUAACCUGCAAUUUGUCAUACAAGCUUACUCACAGUCUGGUGCCAUUGCUAGGCAAAGCCGUCUCACGUUUAGGACCAAAUAUUGCAACAUAAGUCAAGGUAUAUGUGAGAUUGGUGACUCUAAGGUGGAGAUUACUGUUGCUUGGUCCCAGCUUAUCAAGAACAAGAUGGAAAUCCUCUAA